UUUCUUCUUUUCAAACCUUUAUAUCUUUGGUUCGUUCUUGUGCUUCUUUUGGUAUGGUUCGUUUAUGUACUGUUGUUACCAUAUACGCUCAGUCAUUUGAGAUUCUUUCUAUUCGACAAUAUCUGCUAGAAUUCUAUCGUGUUAUUUUCGUUAAGUAUUGGAAUUAUUUCGCUUGUGUGCAUCCCAAAUCUUAUCAAAUUGCUUGGAGGCUGUGGUGUAUGAAAUAAUUGAUAGACCAUGUAUCGGAUUGUAGAUGCUGAUGAAUUGAUAAUCUUUUCCUCCAGCUAAAUGUACAGUUGUUCAAAUUCCUCCAUAAGCAGCAAAGAAAGAUUUGAUAGCUGAUUUCCUUGUUAAAAGAUAAGCCAGCAUUACUUUAGCCAGUUGGAAUGAGUUUUACUUUUUCCCCUUUUUCUCUUCCACCAGUAAAAAUGUAUAUAUUUGAAUAUUAAUUAGCCUUAACAUCAACAUUCUUCUUGCAAAUUCAUGUCUGCUGCUGCUCUGUCUAUAUUUGCUUAUGCCUAGUGUAUUUUGAUGCCUACCUUGCUGUCUUUUUGCCAAUAUAUUCCUUUUCUGGAGGAGUGGUGAGUUCAUGCACUGAGAAGUAGGACUGUCAGUAGUUUGGCUCGAUUUGGUCUUUUCAUGAAAUUUAUACUAUACCAACUCUUCGAUUAAUCUCCGGUGUACAACCAAAAAUAGACUUUUUUGAAACAUCCUAAUCAUCUCAGUAUCUCUUCAAUAUCGGUUCGGUGCAGUUUAUUUUCUGUAGUUUAUUCUUAAAAACAUCACGUGGGAAUCGCAAUGCUGCUAGAUGCCUUAAUAUUUAUGUAGAGAAUGGAAUAUCACCUGCAUCCAAUCCCCACUCUGAGUAGAAGAAUCUGCGUCUUGCUUACUUCUUAUAUUAAAGAUCUUUCUAUUUGGAAAAAGCAGAUUGGACUAGUGUGCAACUAAAUGCCAUCACAAGAGGCAAGCACUUCCUCAGCAUCUGUACAUUUAUUAUUUACAAAGUACAGAUGCUGUUUUCAUUACCAGAAGGGUCAAAUUCAUAUUGAGACUUUAUUCUUUGGAUAUGGAAAGCUUCUACCUUUAUCGAUGAUUCCCCCUUUAUCUUGCUGAUGAUUUCCAUUCCCAUAGAAAGUUCUCGCAGGGCAAUUGCUUUUUAGCACUAUAUGAGAACUUCAGUCAGACAAAUUUAGUAAAUUAUCAUGUUAGAAUCUCUGUCACUGAGGUGAUCCCAGUUGGAAUUCAUCUUUUACUCAAGUUGAUCUAAUGGUGAUAUCACAAUCAGACACUUGUACGUGCAUGGGCCUUUGUCAAAAGUGCCAAAGCAUAUUAUGGAAGAUAAUCAUGUAUUGGGGAAUCAAGUUCUUUUCCUUUCAUUUCUUUCCUCCAAAGUAGAACCUAGAAUUUUCUUCUUCUAGGUAUAUUCUCUACUAUUAUCCACCCUGUCCACUAAACUCUUCCUUUCUUGGGCUUAUAUAUUCCUUUUGUGUUCAAUACUAAACUAUUUGAGUCCCUUCUGUCCUUUCCCUUCUGGCCUCCUCAAUUGUUAUCCUUCAAUAUGAGUUUAGAGAAUCAUGGAAAACAGAUCAUUUCAGUUGGGCCAUGGGGAGGUGACAAUGGAUUGCACUGGGAUGAUGGAGUUUAUUCCACCAUAAGGCAACUGGAAAUAGCUCAUGGAACAGGAGUUGAUUCUCUUAAGGUUGAAUAUGACAAAAAUGGAACCUCAGUGUGGUCAGAGAAGCAUGGUGGCAGUGGAGGUGCUAAAACUGACAAGGUAAGACUUAAUUAUCCAGAUGAGUUUCUAACUUGUCUGCAUGGAUAUUAUGGUAGCUUACACGAAAGGGGGUCAGUUUUUGUGCGAUCACUUACAUUCCAAAGCAAUAAAAGAACAUAUGGACCAUAUGGUGUCCAGCAAGGAACAUAUUUCACUCUUCCAAUUUCUAGAGGAAAAGUUGUUGGCUUCCAUGGAAAAUCUGGCUGGUAUCUUGAUGCUAUUGGAGUAUACGUAGAGCCUAUUCAUAAAUCUUUGCCGACUAAUUCUCUAGUUCAAUCUCAGCAACACCAUUCUAUCGUUCAUUCCCAACAAAGUGUUGUCCAAGGGUUUGAGAAUUAUGAAUACUCAAUGAUACAAGGAAGUCUCGGUAAAAAUUUUGAUCUAAUUGUUGCAGUUAGACACAAAGACGAGAACAGUAACAUUUUACCUCCAACCACACUUUCAAGACAAACUUCUGGUUCUGAUCAUGAUUCCGGUUCAACUGGACCAAAUAAAAAGGUGGCAACUAUUGAGAAAGUCCCGUCGAAAAGUGUCAAGGGUGUUGUCACAUAUUGUCCUUGGGGUGGAAGUGGGGGGAGUGUUUUUGAUGAUGGAAUCUAUGAUGGUGUUAGGCAGAUUUACUUGUCACGCAAUGUGGGAAUCGUUUCGAUAAGAGCUUGCUAUGACAAAAAUGGAGAACCAGUUUGGGGAAACAAAAAUGGUGGUACUGGUGGAUUUAAAACUGAGAGGAUAAUAUUUGAUUAUCCAUCAGAGAUUUUGACACACAUCACAGGCUACUAUGGACCAGCCAUGAUUAUGGGUCCUAACAUUAUUCAAUCACUAACUUUUCAUACCACAAAAGGCAAACAUGGACCUUAUGGAGAAGAACAAGGGCAACAAUUUUCAACCAAAUUGAAAGAAGGGAUUAUUGUUGGAUUUCAUGGGAGAAAAGGAUUGUUUCUUGAUGCACUUGGUGUUCAUGUGUUGGAAGGAAAAGUUGUUCCAUGUUUACCCCCUUCCCCGGCCCCCAACUCCAUCAAACCAGGUGCAGCGUCUGUCCCAUCUUUACCUGCCCCAGCUCCCCCCAAAUCCAUCAAACCAGAUGCAGCAACUGUCCCAUCUUUACCUGCACCGGCUCCCCCCAAAUCCGUCAAACCAAAAGCAGCAUUUGUCACUGAGGUUGAUGAUAGACCACAGUGGUCUUUUAAACUGGGAAAGAAAGGACUCACUGAGGAGACUAAAAAGGAAAAGGGACAGAUAAAAUGGAUCGGAGGAGUGCAAAGGAUAGUGAAAGAUCCAGCACCAUAUGGACCUGGUCCAUGGGGUGGAGAUGGUGGGAAGCCAUGGGAUGAUGGAGUUUUCACUGGGAUCAAACAGAUAAUCCUAACACAAUCAUCAGAAGGCAUUUGCUGUAUCGAAAUUGAGUACGAUCGAAAUGGACAAUCUGUUUGGUCAGUAAAACAUGGUGCAAAUGCUGGGAAAUGCACAAAUAGGGUAAAGUUAGAGUAUCCUCAUGAAGUACUAACUUGCAUCACUGGAUUCUAUGGUCCUAUAAGCAAAGAUAUGGGGUUGAAAGUGAUAAAAUCACUGACUUUUCACACCACUAGAAGGAAGUUUGGUCCCUUUGGGGAGGAACUAGGAACAUAUUUCACUUCAGCAACAACAGAAGGUAAAGUGGUAGGAUUUCAUGGGAGGAGUGGAAUGUAUUUGGAUGCAAUUGGAGUGCAUAUGCAACACUGGUUAGGCAAUCAGAAAACCUCCAAGCAUUCUCUUAUGAAGAUGUUCCAUUGAUAUAUUUUCUGUUUUGAAUAAAGAAAAGUCCAAAAUAGAACAGAAUCAAUAAGUUUUGUGUGGAAAACAUCUUAUUGUUUUGGCUUUUGUGUUUGGGUGAGCAUAAAUGAAGUUCUAUUGUAAUAAUAUUCGCAUUAUUUAUAUUUCUGGUGCCUUCAUCA